UGUGAGUGUGGGUAGUGGGUAGUGGAGCUGCUGGGGCUGUGAGGAUGGAAGCGGACAGAGCUGCAGACCUGCAGCGUUUCACAGAGAUUCACCGAGCGGCGCUGGAAACCUCGGGAGUGCCGCCGCUUUACUGGAAGAGUUUGCACCACAAACUCACCCACGAGGUGUUCGAUGCGGGUGAUGUGUUUGGGAUUAUGCAGUUGGAAAAUGAGGAUGUUGAUGAUGCAGAGAUAACACAUAACCCUGGCACACCACCUGUUUACAAAGUCAUUAUCACCAAGGAUGAUGGCCUUCAGGUUGCAGAUGCUAAUAGCAUUUUCUUAAUCGAUCAUGCAUGGACAUACCGAGUGGAUCAAGCACGCCGGCAGUUAUGGGAGAUUCCUGGCUUACUCCACAGGAUGGCCAACCUCACUGGCAUCGAAUUCCAUGGUGAGGUUCCUGAUGAUGAUAUAAUUGAUGAGGUGAUGGCAGAGUUGUGGAGGUUCAGCCACACAUACCAGCUGUCCCAGGGGUCUGCUGAAGAACAAGUGCCAAUUUGGUACGUCAUGGAUGAAUUUGGAUCUCAAAUCCAACACUCAGAUGAACCAACUUUUCGGACUGUGCCAUUCUUUUAUGGACCAGGACAGACUGCCUUCAAUUUGUUAUGGCCAUUGAGAGAUCUUGAACACGGCGAAGAGGUAACAUGGGAUCAUGCCCAUGGCGAACAAAAUCCCCUCAUCAGAAAAUGCAGGCUCUUGCCAUGGGAGCCAGCAAAUUUGAGAGAAGUUAAUGCCAGUAUCAGUGAACCUCCAGAUGCCUAUUACACGACUGUUCUCGCGGACAAUAAAGAAAUUUUGCCACUUCCAAUAGAACCUUCAGUUUAUCAGAAAGAUAAAAUUUUCAAAGUGUAUACAGAAUUAAAGCAAGUGUUGGACAACUUGAAUUCCCCAAGUUUUGUCUUCACAGAAAAUGAAAGUGAGGCAGACAUUCUUUACUUGUACCGCCACUUCAAAGAUUACAGGACUUUGAGUGAGCAGAGGCCCCAUGUUAUAGUGAAUCAGUUUCCUUGUGAGAAUCUGGUGACAGUGAAGGAUUGCUUGGCUGCUGUUUCGAGGCGAGCUGGAGGAGCGAAUGGCCCAAGAUGGCUGCCCCUUACCUAUAACCUUUGCACAGAGCUACCUCAAUUUAUUAGCUGCUACCAACAACGCAAAGACAGGGGAGAGGACAACCACUGGAUAUGCAAGCCUUGGAAUCUUGCUCGAGGUCUCGACACACACAUUACUGACAACCUCAACUACAUCAUUCGUCAAAGAGAGAGUACGCCAAAGGUGGUAUGCAAGUACAUUGAGAAUCCAGUGCUGUUUGACAGAGAAGAUUUGGAAGGAUCGGUUAAAUUUGACAUCCGAUACAUUGUCCUACUUCGUUCAGUCCAGCCUCUGCAGCUGUAUGCGUACAACGUAUUCUGGCUUCGCUUUGCCAAUAGGCCUUUCUCACUGCAUCAUUUUGAUGAUUAUCAGAAGCACUUUACUGUGAUGAACUAUGUUGAUGAAACUAAACUUAAACAGGUCCACUAUGAUGAAUUUAUUCCAAUGUUUGAGAAGCAAUACCCCAACUAUUCCUGGAAAAAAACAGAGGAAGAAAUACAUAAAUCGUUUGUUGAACUGUUUCAAGUGGCUACAGCCAAAGAUGCCCCCUUUGGUAUCUGCAAUUAUCCAUCAUCCCGGGCAAUAUAUGCUAUUGAUCUCAUGUUGAAAUGGGACACAGAUAGUGAUGGAAAACCAAUCAUGCAGCCCCAAAUUUUGGAGGUGAAUUUUAGCCCUGACUGUGCCAGAGCCUGCAAAUAUCACCCCAGCUUCUUUAAUGACGUUUUCAGUGUACUUAUCCUGGAUGAUGUGGCUGGAUGCCCUGUCACUCGUUUGGUCUAAUGCUGAGGAGUCUCAUCUGUAAACAUCUGGAUUAUUUGCAAAGGUUUUUGCAAAUCUUGCAGGUGGAGAAAGAUGGUCAAAUUACUGAGAAAACUUGGAAUAUCUUGAGACAUUAGCGUACAGAUCUUUGAACAAUUAAAGAUAUUCUGAAUGCUACAAUCCAUCUGAGGUAUCAUGUUUUUGUUUCAAGUCUUGUUGAAAGGAAGACUUUCUCUUGGUUAUUUUCUUUGACUUGCCUGGGAAUGGUAGGUUUUUCAGUUGAGGUUGACUUGGGGUGGCUCAGUGGUUAGUACUGCUCCCUCACAGUGCCAGUUUGAGGAACAAAGCCCACAUAUCAAUAAAUUUCAAUCCAAGUCAAAUUCUGAUGCAGCAAAUUUUAUUGAGAUGGACGUCUAAUGAGUAGGCACCUCGAUCAGAGGGUCACAUUCUGAUUUACACAGUUCAGCUACGUCUCUCGGUCCUCCCCUUUCACCCCAUUGGUUACUUUUGCUGUAGCUUAUAGCUUAUCACAAGCUCUAGCUUUCACUCUGCCUCUGUUUACUACUGUCAUUACUCUAAGCCUGAGGCCCCUUACUCUUAUUUAUCUCAUUCCUUAUAUGUGACUAUCCUGGCAUAGUUUGCUGUCUUCGUGCGAUCAUCCUGCCAAACUAAAUUCCGUCCAUUAGCCACAUCCCUCCUGCGACUAGCACACUAUUCUCCUGUUAAUGGUUCAUCCUACUCCACGGUUGCUCUGCCCUAUUAGUCAUAAAUAAUUCUACUUGUUUUUGCUUCUCCUACGCUCCUACACCUGGUACAUCCUGCUCCAUGAUUGCUCUGCCUUAUUAGUCAUAGAUAAUUCUGUCUGUAUUUGCUUCUCACCAUUUAGCAUUUGCAUGCGCAGCCUAAUUCUAUCAUGUAAGCUUUUGCAGAAACAACACCUAUUCCCUUAUUCUGCACAAUUUUAACCCUCUACCUUAAACUAGGGACACUGGUUCGAUUCCAGCCUCAGGUAACCGGUCUGUCUGGAAGUUGCACGUUCUCCCCAUCGGUUUCCUCCAGGUGCUCCAAUUUCCUCACACACGCCAAAGAUGUGCAGGUUAGGUGGAUUGACCAAGCUAAAUUGCCCAUAGUGUCCAGGGAUGUGUAGGUUAGAUGGAUUAGCCAUGGAAAUACAAGGUUACAGGGAUAGGAGUAAGGUUGAGGGUCAGAGUGGGAUGCUCUUCGGAGAGUCGGUGUGGACUCAAGGCGCCAAGUGGCCUGCUUUCCCGCUGUAGGGAUUCUACGAUCAUUGUUGCUUUUUUUGAAGUAGGAUGUUGUAACAUUGACUGUAUUCAAUUGGCCUUGAGUCGUCACAGCCAUGAUUGUGAGGACUGAUCAGAUUCUGUAUGCAAGAGUGCCACAUUUGAGGACUAUGAGAAGUGACAGGAAGGUGGCCCAAAACUAGACACGAGCCACCAACACCAAAUCCUGAAACAAGGGGAGGUGGAAAUCACUUUUUCUCAUGUUUGUGUUCCUCUUAAUGCAUUGGAAAUGUAGUGGUGCAGAUUAUCUGCACACUAACCUUUCAUAUAUGGGACCUAUAUUCAAAUGCAACCAAUAUGGAUUUGAAUUCACUCUUUUAAAUUUAAGGACAUAUAUGAAAAUAAUCCUUGAUGCACCUGAGGGCAGAUUAUUUAACGCUCCUUGAUCUUCCAUGGUCAGUUCAAUUUCUCGAGUUUCAUCCCUUUUUUUUGUUGGAUGGUUAGUGUUGAAAAUAUUAGAAAGAGCUGUCACCUGUAAUCAGGCAGCAGUGCUCUCUAACUAUAUUCAGGGUUAAGAACAGAGAACAGGAACAAGCCCCUUGGCCCACCAAGCCUGCUCCGACCCCUCAUGCCUUUCUAAACCAAACAUCUUUUCCCUUUAUGCUGUCCGUAUCCGUAAAGAUGUCUCUUAAAUCUUGCUGUUGUGUCUGCUUCUACCACCUCCUCUGCUGUACAUUCCAAGCACUUACCACCCAUUGCUCUUAAAAAACAACUUGUAUCUCUCAUCCCUUCUAAAUGUACCCCCUUUUACCUUAAACCUAUAUCCCUUAGUAGUUUCUGCCCUGAGAAAACGCCUCUGACUAUCCAUGCCUCACAUAAUUUUGUAAACUUUUUAAUCAGGUUGCUCCUAUGGAAAAUAAAGAGCAUGAAAGCAUGGGAAGGGUUAAAGCAUGAAGAUCACUGCCAACCUGUGUUCUGUAGAAGGCAGGAUGGGAUAACCAUAGUGGAAUAUUCUUACACCAAUUAGCAGCGUAAGGUUAAGGCUGAAAGGUCACUAUGGCGAGAUGAGAUAACACAAGUAAUAAAACAAGUUUCUCUGUUAAGUGUUAUUAUGACAGGAUUACGACAAUAAAUAUUUGGGACAUGACAUUAAAAUAUCUAAUUAAUAGUAGAGUCAGCUUGAGACAGGAGGCUAUUGUAACAGAUGGAAUAGCUAAAAAUCUAUCAUGACAGGUUCGUCUGCAAUGGAAGAUCACUGUAGCAUAGUUAGCAAUAAAUAUCUAACUGUGACAUUACAAUAAUAUUAAGUAGAAUGUACAACUAAAAAGAUAAUGGGAACAAACAUCACUGGUUUAUUGUGUAGCUAGAGUGAGGUAUUUUGAUUAAUAUAGUUGGACAUGCUGAUAAGCUAACAUGAAACAUGAUUAAAAAGAUAUAAACAUCCACACACCCUGAGGUUCGGGGGCAUUCGAGAAUCUGCUUUCUCAGUGUCACGGUUUUUUUGUUUGCAAAUAAAAGACCUACUUCUUGAAGAA